AUGGGUUGGUUUUCAAAAGAUACAUCGAGUACUAUUCCAAAUAAUCAGGUAGAACAACGUUCUCAUCAACCAUUAGAUUUAUCUGGUCAACCAGCAUUCAAUUCAACAACGGCCAAUUCAAACGGACAUUCAUCGGACAUUUCUCAUACCUUAGAGCAGUUAACUGAAAAUGAAGCCCCUCUCAAGUUAAAAGAAUUAAAGGAAAAUAGCGUAAAGGCAAAUAAUGAAUCAGUAUCUGACUUUGUUCACGCAAGACCUAAAAAUCUUUUUGUUAUUGAUGGCGAAAAGGAAAUUGAGGAGAGUAUUAUUUGUACCAAUAAUGAACAAGGAGGAAAAACAUGCUUGAAAUUGAAGUACAACUCCGUGCAAUUGUUCAAACAAAUGCAGAAAUUAGAAUACUUCUGUUCAUUGCCUGAUGACAUAAAUGCUACAUACUUCGAAUGCAGAAAAAUUACAUAG